GCAACCAGCUACGCAAGCUCACUAAAUUUACGUUUAAGUAGAGAUCAUGUUCGAACGACGAAAACGUUGUGCGACGCACGCGCUCGCGUUAGCUCGCGUAAGCGUGCCAGAAAUCCAGACGAGCAGGAAGAAAACGGCGACAUUUUGCAACGAAGCGCAGCCUCCUGAGGUCCCCAGUCCCUGACCACUCGACUCUGAGCCAUGAUAGCGACUUCUAAGAUCCGAAGACCGCCACCCCUCAUGGACUGCGAGAGGCGAAGGCUUCGUCGAGUCUCCUUCGUCGAGUCCAGCACUGAGGACGUCACUGAGUGCACGGGCGGGAUUACUUCCGAGCCGACUGUCCGGCAGGCAGAAGAGGAGCCGCGGCCAGCACUGCGGCCUCACGACGCCAGGUACGACUUCCGGUUCGGCCGCGACAACGUCGAACGCGAGCCCAACAUCGCGCCUGCGGCUACGUCGACGUCGCAUCUAUGCCAAGGGUCACAGCCCCCACAUGCGAGGGUGGUCCCGGAAGGCCCAGCGAUGCCGACCAAUUCCCACGGGCCGUCGUUGGGCAAGGCUCACGUUGACAUUUUCGACGCCGUGCCCAAGGCGUACGAGCUGCGAGACUGGCACAGAGACGAACGUGACAGCCCGGAGCAGUCGUGGCUGCAGAGUUUCGGCAUCGGGGUGCUGGUGGCCGCGCUGGUUGCCGCUGUGAUCACCCUGGCGCUGACCGCUGACAGGCCGGAGUCGGUGUAUCGGAAAGAAGCUUCGGCGUUUCCGCGUGAGGUGGAACAGAUUACCGCGCCGAUUGGCAACAGAAUUGCCGCAUCAAUUCAGGCGAACGAAGCUGCGGCCAGGAUCGGAACCAAAGUGGCGACCAGGCUUCGUGACGACACAACGGCGUCGACGUCGACCCCAGGGAAGACCGAGACGAGGACACCACCUGUUCACCGGCUGGGCAUCGAAAACGAAACGAGGCCCGCGUACCGUAGGUGCGGCCGCCGCUUCUACACGUACUGUGAGCACGGGAGACGCGAGGCCUACUACAGCGGCCGGGCUCGCUCGUGCACUUGGAGCGAGCGAGACCCCGUGCGUGUCUGCAACCGCGGCGCCAACAGGUUCCCCAACCUGGGCACUUGUCUGGACAGCUGCGCCCGCGACUCGCCACGCGAACGCUGCUUCGAGAGCGUCCUCUUCACCGACUGCUCGCGGCGAGACGUGGUCGAAGAGUGGUGGUUCUUCGACGGUGCUCGCUGCAUCCUGUGGAACUUCCCGCUGGGCGACUGCCCGUCUUCCCGUGGUGGCCGGGCGUUCAGGUCCCGCGUCCAGUGCUCCAGGAUGUGCCUGGGCUCGCGCCGUGGUCUAGAAGGUGCCUCGGCGCUUCAACGCAGCCGCUGUCGCGCCCCGGUCGCUGUCACGUGUGACAUGCGUCACAUCCGGUUCCCGUACUUCGCGGACAUGAAUGCCCAUGGCAGCGCGCGGUGCGUCAGGGCAUCGAAGCCCGCCCUGAUGAGUCGGCUUUGCCUCGUCGGGUCGAAUAGGUUCGACUCACUCUCGACCUGCAGCCAGGUGUGCGGGAGUUCACCACACUCAAGAAAGUUCUGUCGCCUGCCCCGAACCGAGCUGUACGAGUCGCCGACGGAGGAACUGUCGCUAUUGUUGGCAUGUGCUCUGCCCGACUCACCAUUGCUGAGAGACACACCAUCGUUCACUUCAUCAUCGAGCAUUGCCCUCACGAACUCAAUCUCGGUCAGGAUUUCCUCGGCAGUCAUUCUGCCCUCAUUCACUGAAUUCAGCCGGCUCACUUCACUUUGA